GUCGUGGAAAAGUCGGAAAAAAUGUCAUCUAGACGUGGUGUUUUGUCAGCAUGGUAAAGAAUUCAAUUAAAGUAUAUGCGAGAUUAAAAAACGAGGAUGUUAGCAGCAAAAAGGUGGUGAAAUAUCAAAUUUAUCGUCGAGUCGAGCACGAGGACAUUAGCUUUCCCGUAAAUAGCACGACAGAUGUUCCGCAAAAGAACCGCAAGUACAGAUUUUGCAAAAUAUUUGAUGAACUUUGUACUCAAGCUGAUAUUUUUACAACUCUCGCUGUACCGAUUAUAAACAGCGUUGUAAAUGGUUUUAAUGGAACAAUUUUCGCUUACGGCCAGACGGGAAGUGGAAAAACGUAUUCAAUAACAGGAUCUCCUUCGGAAUAUAAUAAAAGGGGAAUUCUUCCUCGGUGUAUUGAACAAAUUUUUGAGUUAACUAAAACCACACCAAAUUUAUACAACAUUUACGUGUCUUAUUUGGAAAUUUACAACGAAGUCGGUUACGAUUUACUCAACUCCAAAUGUCAACCGUCUAAAUUAGAAGAACUUCCACGGGUUAUUCUUCUUGAAGAUGCUAAUGGUGAGGCUCAUUUGAGAAACUUGAGCGUACUUCCAGUUGCAAGCGAACAAGAGGCUAUGAGAUUAGUUUUUUUGGGAGAUACAAAUCGAACGAUAGCUGAAACUCCUAUGAAUGAAUAUUCUUCGAGGUCUCAUUGCAUUUUUACGAUUUAUGUUAAUAGCAGAAACGAAUCUGGUGGGAAAUUACGAAGAUCUAAACUACAUUUAGUUGAUUUAGCUGGUUCUGAACGUAUAUGUAAAGCAAAAAUAAGUGGUGUAACCCUCCGUGAAGCAAAAAACAUAAAUCUCUCCCUUCAUUAUUUAGAGCAAGUAAUCCUGGCAUUGAGCCAAUCGAAUCGUACCCACAUCCCCUAUAGAAACAGCAUGAUGACGUACAUAUUACGAGAUUCUCUCUCGGGAAACUCCCUAACGAGUAUGUUGGCCACUUUAGCUAUUACCCAGCAAAAUCACCCCGAAACUGUAACCACUUGUAAAUUCGCGCAGAGAGUCGCUUGCAUAAGUACAGAAGCUAUAAUUAAUGAGGAAGUUGAUCCGCAACAAGAGAUUGAAUAUUUAAGAUCUCAAGUUGAUGAGUUGCGUAGACAACUUGCUGAAGCUAAAGGGGGAAAUCCGCAAAAAGUUUUGAGUUAUGAAGAGGAAGAACGUUGCAAAAACAUUGCAAACGGAUUUUUAGUGAAUAACAAAGAAUGUUUGUUAGAAAAUUUAAGCAAUCCCGAAUUAGUUUGCUGCAUAAAGUACUUAAAAUCAAAUUUGGAUGAACGGUUAAACAAUUAUAUUGAAAAACAAAAAAUCGAAGACGAAAAAAUUGAUUUAACACAAAAAUUUAGCAAAAUCAUUAAAGAAAAAGAGGAAGAAAUUUCUACUUUAACAAAACUACUUGAAACAGAUCCCCAAAAAUCGACAGAUCAAAAUCAUUUAAACGAAAAUAACAAUCAGAAAUUAAAUUCUUAUUAUGACCUCCCAAAAUUAAAAGAAUUCGAUUUCGCCGAGUUUAAACCUAAAGAAAUAAAAAAUUUGGUUGAUUUAAACGAAAUUAAAAAUAAUUUGCCGAUUUCUGAACCAAACUUAUUCGAUACUUUUAUGAUGGAUAAAAAUAAUACUGAAGGAAUCAAUCAAAUAAAAGAAUCGUUAGAAAAAAAGUAUGAUUUAGCUAAAAGCGUUUCAAGAACGGUUCAAAAAUGCGAAGAUAAUAUAAAAGAUAUUAGACAAAAAUUAGCAAAAGAACCGAUGGGGACUGAAAUGUCCGAAAAAUUACACACUUUUUUGAUAUCCCAACAAAAAAUUUAUAAAGAAUCUUUGGAUCAUUUGGAAGAUUUAAAAAGUGAAACCGAAUUUUUAAAAGAGAGCUUAAAACAAGCUGAAAAAAAGGUUGUGAUUAAAUUUGAAAACACCGUUAAAAAUAAAAGUAAAGAAAAAAGUGAAUACGGGUAUGAUUUUUAUGAUUUUAUGCCGGAAAAAGACGAAUAUGAACACAAUACUAAAACAAAAUCAAAAGAUUUUGAUGUUGAUACAUUUUAUAAUGUAGUGGAUGAUGAAACUGAAAAUGUUCCUUCAAUCGAUGAAAUUUACAUACCAAAUAAAUAUUCAACUUGCACUGAUACUGAAAAAGAUUUUAGUGAAAGCAACGCUUCGUUAUUAAACCUUGAUAUAGACUCGUUUGAGAAACUUCCUUAUUCUAGUCGAUCCUUGGAAUCAAGCAGAACUUAUCGUAGUAAGAGCUCAACCCCAAAGAGUACUGAAGAUAAACGUAUCGACACUCCUAGAAAUGCAUCAACUAGUUUAAUUAAAACCACUGAUACUCCCGAAUUUAUUGAAUUCAUGAAAACCAUUCCAUUAACCGGUGAUUUUGAAGUAGAUGAUGAAAUUUUUAAUUUUUAUAGAAGCAAGUUUGAGCAUUAA